CCUCGUGGUUUGUGGUGUUUUGUAGUGCUGCGUGGUUGGUUUUUCCUAUUUUCGUGAAAAAUAACAGCCACAAACUCAUCAAAAUGAGUCUGUAUAACUUUAAAAAGAUCAUGGUGGUGCCGCCAGCAAAGGCCUUCAUCGAUAUUAUGCUAUCGAAGACACAGCGGAAAACGCCCACCGUUGUACACAAGCACUACAAAAUCAGCCGCAUCCGUGCGUUCUACAUGCGCAAGGUGAAAUACACGCAGCAGAACUUCCACGAUCGGUUGACACAAAUCAUCCAGGACUUCCCGAAGCUGGAUGAUGUGCACCCGUUCUACGCGGAUCUGAUGAACGUGCUGUACGAUAAGGACCAUUACAAGCUUGCCCUGGGCCAGCUUAACACCGCCCGGCAUCUUAUCGAUACAGUCGCAAAGGAUUACGUUCGUUUGCUUAAGUUUGGUGAUUCACUGUACCGCUGCAAACAGCUGAAGAAGGCUGCCCUUGGUCGGAUGGCAACGAUUAUGAAGCGUCAGGCAUCGAAUUUGACCUACCUGGAAGAGGUCCGCCAACAUCUGUCGCGUCUGCCUUCGAUCGAUCCCUAUACCCGUACGAUCAUCGUUUGCGGAUUCCCUAACGUCGGUAAAUCUAGCUUCCUCAACAAGGUCACCCGGGCCGACGUGGAUGUACAGCCGUACGCGUUCACCACGAAGAGUCUGUACGUGGGUCACAUGGAUUACAAGUAUUUGCGCUGGCAGGUGAUCGACACGCCCGGAAUUCUCGACCAUCCGCUCGAGGAACGGAACGUUAUCGAAAUGCAGGCCAUCACGGCCAUGGCCCACUUGCGUGCCUGCAUCAUGUACGUAAUGGACGUGUCGGAGCAGUGCGGUCACUCGAUCGAGGAGCAGGCGAAACUGUUCGACAGUAUCAAACCGCUGUUCGUUAACAAACCGCUCGUGCUGGUGCUAAACAAAACGGACGUGCUGAAGUUUGACGAACUGCCGGAGGAGAAGAAAAAGGUCAUCGAAGAUCUGUCGGAGGACCGGGAGCUGAUACCGAUCCUGGAAAUGUCCACUGCCACCGAGGAGGGCGUGACGGAGGUGAAGUUGGAAGCAUGCGAACGGCUGCUCGGUUAUCGCGUCGACCAGAAGCUGAAGACGAAGAAGCUGGAGGGUGUGCUGAACCGGCUGCAUGUGGCCAUGCCCGAGAAGCGCGACGAAAAGGAACGUCCAGUUUGCAUCCCGGAAGCGGUGCUCGCGGCUCGUGCGGCCAACGCGGCCAAACUUGCCAAACGGCAGCGCAAGCUGGAGAAGGAGAUCGAACAGGAGCUGGGCGACGACUACUCGCUCGACCUGAAGAAGAACUACACGACGAUCCCGGAGGAAGAGCGGUACGACGUGAUACCCGAGUUCCUCAACGGCGUCAACAUCGCCGACUACAUCGAUGCGGACAUUUUCGAGCGACUCGAGGAGCUGGAGCGCGAAGAAGGCCUACGACUGGAGUCCGGUUUCUACGAUCCGCCACCGCUCAAUCUGGACGAAACGUUGCUCGAAAUCCGCGAGAUGGCCAAGCAGAUCCGGCUGAAGCGUUUCCUGCUGAAGGACGCCCGCAAGAUGUCGAUGAAAAGUGGCCGACCGAUUAUGCCGCGGCACAAGCAGGCGAAGGUGCGCGACCGCAAGGCGGACGAUCUGCGGCAGACGAUGGAGAACCUCGGGCUGGACAUGUCCGGCACGGAGGACUCGAACUUUGCCAAGAACCAGGUAUCCAUCCGCCGGAGCCUCACGCCCGCCGUCGGUGGCCCGAAGAAGCCGAAGAAGGACCGCGAAUCGAGCGCGAUCGUCCGUGCGACCGGGCUACCAAUCAAGCGGAAACAGCCCAGCCACGAGCUCGGCAUCAAAGACGUUGUGCUUAAGGCGAAGGCUAAAGUCAUGGCGAAGCACGACAUUGCGAAGCGCGUCACCAAGUAUGCGCGCAAGGGCGAGGGUGACCGACACAUACCGGAUCUUAUGCCGAAGCAUCUGUUUGCCGGUAAACGUGGCUCUGGUAAAACCGAUCGUCGUUAGGUGGUUAAAGGGGUGGAAUUUAUCUGCGUCUUCGUUUCUUUGGUUCCAUUUUCUCUCCGUUCUCCUCCGUGCUCUUUAUUUUGAUAAAAAGAUACGUUUAAUAAAUUUACCAAUAUAUCCACCAACAAC